GUGUUGUGGGGAAAUGCUCAGCGGACCGUGAAGCGUAGAAGAGGGACAAAGACGCACAUAUAGCGGGACCAAAUGCGACAGACAGACAGCUCUUACAACUAGAGAAACACAACAACACCGCGAUACAAGGAUGGAUUCUAUGAGUUGUAGAGCUGCGGAGAGACUUCGAGAGGAAACAUGGCAGCACAGAUGAGUUUACGAGUUGAGUGUUUGGAUAAUAACCGCGGUGAGAGUGCGCUUUAACUUUGGAUAACUGUGGCACGUUUCAUACCCACCUCCAAAUCUGCACCAUGGAGCAGGAACGGGCUGCAGUCUGGAUUGUUAUUCCCACUUUUGAGCGGACAUGCUUCCCAGAAUAACUGUUGCUGUGUUCUGCAGCCACGCGUGGAGAUCCUGGAGGAGGACUGGAAACACAUGCACAAGCUGGGAUAAUUUAUUCUAAAAGUGCAUUUUUCUUGGACUUUGUUUUGGAUUACUUGUGCAGUGACAUUCAGGGACUGUCCUGCUGCUGGAGAAAGCACUACUACAGGUUUAAUAUCUACCUGCUGUGAGCUGCUUGGUAGUAUAUUGGAAGUAAGGGCCAUACACACCAAGAAUCCCUUUAAAACAGAAACUCUGAUCAUCUUUUCCUAAUGAUUCAUAUUCUGACCUCCCUCCAAGCAUGAUUGGUGUUUUCCGUGGACUGUUUGUGGAUUACUUGUGAAGUGACAUUCAGUGACCGCCCUGCACGUCACCGAGCCAGAACUUCCACCCAAGCAUGAGAUGUUGGUGCAGCGCCCUGGCACUUCUCCCAUGGGUGCUGGUGGCCUUAGACGCCCAGCUGAUCUGCUGGCAGGCGCUGCUGCGGUGCCACGAAGAGCCCGAGUGCGACCUGGCCUACAGUCAGUCCUUGGCAGCGUGUGAGGGGAACAUCAGGGGGACGAGGAGGCAGUGUCCCAGCCACUGCAUCAACGCUCUGAUCCGCCUCAACCACACACGCAGCGGGCCGGACCUGGAGACUUGCAACUGCGCUCAGGACCAGGAGUGCGUCAACGCCAAGCGCACCAUAGAGCCAUGUCUACCCAAGAGGCACCCCAGCGACGCGGGGGGGAUCGGUUGCAUGGAGGCCCGGCAGCGCUGCGAGGAGGACAGCAGAUGCCACACCUCCCUCACGGCCUACCUGUCGUACUGCGGCCAGCUGUUCAACGGCAGGAAGUGCUCCUCCAAGUGCAAAGCCACCAUCCAGCAGAUGUUGUUCAUCCCGAACGGAGUGCUGCUGAACCGCUGUGUCUGCGACGGGGUGGAGAGGCCUUUCUGUGAAGUGGUGAAGGAGAACAUGAGCAAACUCUGCCCCAUAGGAGACCACAUUGUUGCCUCAGACCAGCCAGAUGUGGACGACUUCUACGAGGACGAAGACUACGACCCGAGAGUCGACAGGGAGGAGGUGGUGUAUCACAACUCUGCUUCACUCCGGGUUUACAGCCACAUGGUGCUGCUGGUUCUUCCUCUGGCACGGAUAUUGUACUGAGACAAUGUGGAUUUAAAAAAGGACAACAUGAUCUCUGUUUGAGGGAGCCAUAGAGAGUCCAGCUUGACAGUGACAUGGCACUAGCUCGCAGGACUCAAACAGUGGAUAAAGGAAGGUAUUUUCUCACCCCGAAGCCUUCCUGCAAUCCCAUUUUAGUUGCAGGACGACAGCGAGGACAUGCAAACUCUGAGACCUCAUUGUUGUUUCAGACCAGCCUGAUGAGGAUGAAGACUCUAAAGUUGAGGAGGUGUCGGAUCAUCACUCAGGGUUCCCAGCCUCAUGGUGCUCCUGGUUCUUCUUCUGGCAUGGAUAUUGUACUGAGACGAUGACUAUGUGGAUUUAAAAUAGGGAGUCCAGCCACAGGGACAUGGCACUCUCUUGCAGGACUCAAACGGUGCAUAAAGGAUCUAUUUUUUCACCCAAUGGCCUUAUUGUUUUCCCUCUUAGUUGCAGGGCGAUGCUUUCCAGAAACCAAACAAUCUGCAGAGUAAUUCUGAUGCUGUUUGAGCACUCACGAAAGCUGCUUUUUUUUUUCCUGCUCUGCUGAUGAGGUAAAUGACGAGAGGAAGAGGAAGUGACCCGCAGCAGCAGACUGUGUUGCAGGGUAGUGCCAAGUUGAGUGCCUUUUUAAGCGGCUCCUGUUUGUUUGGUUUCAAUGGUGGCUUUAUUAAGACCUAGGACAAACAUGGGAUCCAUCCAGUCUCUGUUUGCUCUGCUCUCCACUUCAGGGGCCUCUGCAUUGUUGCAGCGACCACACUUCAAAUAUUUGUGAGGACGAGGCGAGGGUUUGGGAUCAAGUAGUGAAAUUUGCCAGAGCGCCUCUCCAGCAGCCCCCCCCCCAUAGUGAGAUUGUUUUAUUGAACUUUUCCUGAGACCCCCUCUCUUCCUCCUCUCUACGUCCUGCCCACUUUCACGCCUUUAAAGGACCCCGUGUGUCUUUAUUACUGCUUUCACACUGCAGCAACACGCCAGGAAAGGGCUGGGUCUCGGGCCUGCAGGUCAACACGUCACACCUGGAGUUUGUCCGGCCCCUGGUGCACGGCUGAAGAGGAUUGUGAAGGUCGUUGCAAUGAGUUUUCUCAAACUAAGUAAAAUAAUGUGCUUUUUAUGGAUAAGAGUUGCAAAGACAAGUGGAUUGACAGAAACAUAAUCGCUCACAUGGUUUUGUCCGUUAAAAAAUGAUAGAAAGUGCAGCUUAAGCUUCUCAAAUAUGGAGAAUUUCUCCUUUUUUCACAUUAGAGUCCAUGUAUUUGGGUUUUGUGCUGACAAAACAAGACAUUUAAAGACUUUUGAGCAACUAGAAUGGACUUUUUCUCUAUAUCCUCACAUUUUAUAGACCAAACAACAUCUCUAAAUGAUCAACUGAUUCAUCAAUAAUGAAAAUAAUUUACAUCUGGAGCGAUGUUAUGGAUAUUUAGGGUUACCAGAGCAAACACAAUGUCAUGCUCUGCAGAAUAAUGAGCAUUGCACGUUGACUGAGCAGAAGUCAGAGAUGGAUUGAAUGUAUGUGAAUGAUUUUGUGCCACACAGUGUUCGUUAAAGGAGCCUGAGAGAUUCUAAACAAGAGGCUUAAUUUAGAGCAACUGUAACAUGAAGGAUAAUUGCUUAAUGAAGAAAUACAGACAAAACUCAGACCCAGAAACAGCAGUUUUUCACUUCUUUCGUCCACUGUUGAGCUGUGCAGCGAAAAGGGAAAGUAAAAUCAGAGUUUUGGUUAGUUUGGAUCACCUGUAAUGAAGCUGUCUUUGCCACUUGAAAUUGUGUGUAAACUAAUCUGAGUGUUUUUCUGAUGAAGGAAUGUUUCUAAAUGUUAAAUUAUGAAGCUAGAAUAUGAAGAAUGUGUAUAUAUUUUACAACUAUAUGCAGUAAAGUAAACCCACGGUCACUUAUUACACACAUUCAACACAGUAUCAACACAAAGGUAGUUCAGAUUUUAGAGAUUUCAGUUGUUCAUCAGAGUGAUGUCUUCCAUGUGUGAGAGUUUUAUAA